CCCUGCACCUCUGAGGAUCACACGCAGCACUCUCUCACCACAAUGACUUAGCAGUCUUGUUGAUACAGCCGCAUUCUUUCAGCUCCCCCUUUUCCAACCAAUUUGAAGAUUUCUGUUUUUUUUUUUCCUUUUCGAAAAUUGAAGGGACUUUUUCCCUCCCUACAAAACGAAGCAGAAACCUGUGGUCGCUCUCGCCACCUCCCUCCUCCUCCUCCUCCUCCUCCCUCACAGAUGCAGACUGAGAGUGUUUCACAUCAGCCGGUGAUCACUCCAGCUCAACUUCUCCGUCUCAUGCCGGAGCAAAACCAGGGCUUCCAGUGGACAUCCAGCGACGGGAGGGCUCGGACAUGGAGCGAGAAAGACCGAGUACACCCAAGACCUUCCAGAGAGAUAUAUCCAGUCUGGCCUGUGAACGCCCCGGGAUCCCCCCAGGGAGCUGGAAAACGUUGAUGUGGAGAGGGACUUACUUCACCUGUUACAUCAUGACAGCAAGCUUAGCAUGGCGUCAGAGGUGUUAUGAAGAUGACUUUAUUGCCAUGUUAAUAGCUCAACCAUUAACUGAGGAGGGAAGAGACCUGUAGAGCUGGACAAACACAGACUAAGACCCCCCCCCAGAGUCCUCCUCUGAGCGUCUGAAGCUAACAUGGGGAAAGUCUACUACAUCAGUAAAAAUGUGGGCCUGGGGUUGCUCGCGUUGGCGGCCGUUGCCCUGGUUACAAUAUUAGCUUUGUCCAUCGCCUACGACAAGGAGAAGGCCAGGAAUCGAGGCACGUCUGGGGAUGGGACAGGAGACAGCACCAGCAUGCCUCCCACCACCUCCUCCACCCCAAAGGAGCCGUGGGACCGCUACAGACUGCCACACUCCCUCGUCCCCUCGUCCUACAACGUGACCCUGUGGCCCCGACUGACGCCCGACGAAAACAGCCUGUACAUCUUCACCGGACGUUCUACCGUGGAGUUCAGAUGUGUGAAGGAAACGGACCUCAUCAUCAUCCACUCCAACAAGCUCAACCUCACCGACUUCAACGGUCAACUAGCUAAGCUAACCAGCCUUUCUGAAGCCACGGCGCCCGCCAUACAGAAGUCCUGGCUCGUCCCGAAGACGGAGUAUCUGGUUCUUCAGCUGCAAAGGACGCUAGCUGUCGGAGUGAUGUAUUCCCUUCACACUGAGUUUCUUGGAGAGCUGGCAGACGAUCUUGAAGGCUUUUACAGGAGUGAAUACACCGAGGACGGGGUGAAGAAAGUGGUCGCGACCUCGCAGAUGCAAGCGGCGUACGCCAGGAAAACCUUCCCUUGCUUCGACGAGCCGGCCAUGAAGGCCGUCUUCAAUGUGUCCAUCAUCCACGAGCGAGACAUGAUAGCUCUGUCCAACGGCAGAGAAAUAGCCACUGAAGAUGCCAUCGUCGAUGGCGUGCCGGUUAGAACGACAACAUUUGAGCCCACGAGGAGAAUGUCCACAUACCUGCUGGCCUUCAUCGUCUGUGACUUCAUAAGCAUUCAGUCAACACAGAACAACAAUCUGUUGGUCCGAAUCUGGGCCAGAAGAAAAGCCAUCGAUGACGGGCAGGGUGAAUACGCUCUCAACAUCACAGGGCCCAUCCUUCAGUUUUAUGAGCGGUACUACAACGCAACGUAUCCGCUCUCCAAGUCAGAUCAGAUCGCCCUGCCUGACUUCAACGCGGGGGCGAUGGAGAACUGGGGUCUGAUCACAUACAGGGAGACAGCUCUGCUCUAUGACCCCGUCAUGUCCUCCACUGGAAACAAAGAGAGAGUGACGACCGUGAUCGCUCACGAGCUCGCCCACAUGUGGUUUGGGAACUUGGUGACUGUGCAGUGGUGGAACGACCUGUGGUUGAACGAGGGCUUUGCGAUGUACGUGGAGUACCUUGGAGCCGACCACGCUGAGCCCACCUGGAACAUCAAAGACCAGAUCAUUCUUUAUGACGUGCACAAGGUGUUUGGGAUUGACGCCCUUGCCUCGUCUCACCCGCUCACACGCAGAGAGGACGAGGUCAACGACCCCGCACAGAUCAGCGAGAUGUUCAACACCAUCUCCUACAGCAAGGGAGCGGCGGUGCUCAGGAUGCUCUCCGAGUUUCUCUCCGAGCCCGUGUUUGCGAGAGGACUCAGUUCUUACCUGAACACGUUCGCCUUCAGCAACACAGUGUACACCGACCUGUGGGACCAUCUCCAGAAGGCUGUUGAGAACACACCAGGUUUGCACAUUCCUCACACUGUCCACGACAUCAUGAACCGCUGGACUCUGCAGAUGGGCUUCCCCGUGGUCACUCUCGACACCCGGAGAGGACGCAUCACCCAGAAACACUUCCUGCUGGAUCCGGACUCUGUGGUGGACCGGCCCUCUCAGUUCAAUUACACGUGGUUUGUCCCCAUCAAAUGGAUGAAGACAGGUGUGGAGCAACAACAGUACUGGCUCCUUAAAGACACAGACACCCACGAUGAGAUGAGCGUUUCAGGAGAGGACUGGGUUCUGUUGAACACCAAUGUUUCUGGGUUCUUCAGGGUGAACUAUGACCUCCAGAACUGGGAUCGUCUUCUCUCUCUGCUCAACACCGAUCACCAGGCUUUAUCAGUCAUCAACAGAGCUCAGAUCAUAGACGACGCAUUCAACCUAGCAAGAGCCAAAAUAAUCAACACCACACUCGCCCUGAGAACGACCACAUACCUGUCCAGGGAGAGAGACUACAUCCCCUGGGAGUCGGCUCUGAGGAACCUCGACUACUACAUCCUCAUGUUUGACCGCACCGAGGUUUAUGGAGCGUUGCAGGCGUACCUCAAGAAACAAAUCCAACCGCUUUUCGAGCACUUCAAGAAAAUCACCAACAACUGGACCAGAGUUCCUGCAGGACACACCGACCAGUAUAAUCAGAUAAACGCCAUCGAAAUAGCGUGCAGUACAAACGUGGAGGGCUGCAGAGAGCUGAUUAAAGGCUGGUAUCGACAGUGGAUGGAGAAUCCACAACACAACCCCAUCCAUCCCAACUUGAAGAGCACAGUUUACUGCAGUGCCAUCGCGUUUGGAGGAGUGGAAGAAUGGGACUUUGCCUGGAAGAUGUUCAAGAACGCCACUCUGGCAUCGGAAGCCGCCAGGCUACGAUCAGCCAUGGCCUGCACCAAAGCACCUUGGCUGUUGAACAGGUACCUGGAGUACACUCUGGACCCGUCGAAGAUCCGCAAGCAGGACGCCACCUCCACCAUUCAGUACAUCGCUCGAAACGUUGUGGGGAUGCCGUUGGCCUGGAACUUCGUCAGAGCUAAAUGGAGCUACAUUUUCCAGCAGUACGGAAGAGGAUCGUUUUCCUUCGCCCGUCUCGUCAACGGAAUCACAACAAGGUUCUCGACAGACUUUGAGCUGCAGGAGCUGAAAAAGUUCAAAGAAGACAACGUCCAUGUUGGUUUUGGCUCCGCCUCCUUGGCCGUGGAGCAGGCGAUCGAGAAGACCACCACCAACAUCAAAUGGGUGACGGCGAAUAAAGCCGGUGUGCUGACGUGGUUCACUGAGGAGUCCACAUGAGGACACGAGGACACUUUAAAUGACAAACUCUUUUUUUCCCUGCUCUGGGAUAUGUAAUGAAUAACAAUCACUAUAAUCAUCAACCACAAAAGAGCGGCCUGUGACAGCUGCUAACAACUGUGCAAACACGACUAAGUGUGACGCAUCAUCAUCAGAGCAAACACAUGAUGGUCACACUAUCAUCACACCAUCGUACCAAAUCAGUGAUAUGACACUAAACCAAAGACUCCAGAGCUUAACCUCCAGUCCAUGAAUGACAUCAUCACUGUUUGGUGGAAUAAAUAUAAGAAACGUUUGACGCCUUGAAAUUACCAACAGAAAAUAAAAUGAAAAACAUUUUCUUUUAGCUACAACUUCCUGCCUUUCUACGGUGGUCGGUAGGUGCAAAGGCUCGGCAAUUCACUACGUUUCUAAAUAUGCUGCACAGUUUUCUUAACGUACGUUGUUUCAUCUGUUGCCGAGCCUUUGCACUUACCGUCCCCCGUACCUUUCUUAUCGUGUAAUAGGUUUAGUGUAACGGCGUCCUGAGCGGCGUCCUCUCUGUUGCCAUCAGGAUGUCGUCAAGUUUUACAUGACAUGUGAGCGAGGCGUUGGACAAAAUAUUCACACAGAACUAUAUUCCUGUCCUGACUUGUGUGGUAUAUUUAUCGCUGGUGCCAAAUAUCGAUGUUUUGAUUUUUUAAAAAUGAAACGGCUCUAAAUAGAUUCUUCCUGCUGAUUCGACUCGUUACUGCAUGACUCCUCUCAGUGGCGAUGACGAUGAACAGAUGGUAAUCUGGUAAUGAUGAUGAUGACGACAGCAGGACCAAAAAAAAAA